AUGUCCGGGGCCAAGUACGUGGGAUUCCUGUCCGGUGCCAGCAAGUAUGGCAGGUGGAUCCCGGAAGCAGAGAUCAAAGCGCGUGCCGUGGCAGGCGGCGCGACCAUCGACUUCUCCCAGGCGCUGUUUGUGCAUCCCGUCAUCACGGUCCGUGCCGCUGCGUUCUGGGGUGGCGUCUCCCUGAUCGUGCCGCCGAACGUUUUGGUGCAACAGAAUGGCCGGGCCAUUCUUGGCGGAUUCGGGGAUGGCGGCGGCGUCUACCACAGCAGCUCCGGCUGUGUGCCCGAGACGUUGACAAACUCGGGGGUCACGAUCAAGAUCGUGGGCACCGCUGUGAUGGGUUCCGUCAGCGCCGUGGUGAACCGCAAGGCACGGCCGGCAGAACUCCUGACCCCGGAGGAGGCAGCUGCCAAGAUGCAAGAGGCCCCUGAGCCCUCCACUACGCGCGAGGACCUCCGACAGCAGAUUCUGGGAGAUGUCCUCGGUGCCCAUGCCGCCACGGCGCCCCCUGCGGCUGCGCAGGCAUUGCAGCAGGCGCUCGGGCAGCAAGCACAGCAGCAGGCGCUCGGGCAGCAAGCGCAGCAGCAGGCCGUCCCGGUGGUCCAGGGCAUCCCGGUUUCCGAGAAAGCCUGA